AUGAAGGAUUCAGGAUUUGGGAUUCAGGAUGCAGGAUUUGGGAUGUGGGAGGUGGGAUACGGGACGAGGGAUGCGGGAUGCAGGAUGCAGGAGACACCCCGCCUGGAGAUGGGGGGCAGCGAGGAGAGGCCCUACUCGGUGCCCCCACCCUCCGUCACCCACAAUGGCUUCCUCUACAAGACCCCCUCCAUGGCCAAGCCCGUGGGCGAGCGGAAGGGCCAGGAAGAGUUCAGCCGGCGGUGGUGCACGCUGCAGGACGGGGUCCUCAGCUACUACGAGAGCGACCGCAACGCCGUGCCCAACGGGGAGAUCAAGGUGGGGGAGGUGGUCUGCCUGGUCAACAACCCCCCCCACGCCCACGGAGGUCCCUUCCAACCACUAAGAUUCUGUGAUUCUGUGACCUGUCCCUCUUGUCCCCCACCUCAGUCCUUCGUCCACCCUCGUGCUGAGGAGCUGCUGGCCUUGGACUUCGAGCGCCUGGGCCGGCUGCAUUACAAGGGGGGCUUGAACCUUGAGAGAGCCAAGGAGGGUUGGUUUGCUCUGGUGGGCUCCACGCUCCACCUCUGUCCCACCCCGGACGGCGAGAGGCAGGAGCCCCUCCAGCUGCGCAAGUUGCAGGAGCUCUCCAUCCAGGGGGACAACGAGGUGCUGGUGCUGGUGGAGAGGCGGAGGACGCUCUACAUCCAAGGGGAGAGGAAGCUGGAUUUCCUGGGCUGGGUGCAGGCCAUCCAGAAGGCAGCGGGCAGCGGGGGGGACACCUUGUCGGAGCAGCAGCUGACGGAGGCCGACGUCCCGCUGCUGGUGGACCGAUGCGUUGACUACAUCACCCAAUGUGGGUUGACCUCCGAGGGCAUCUACCGCAAGAGUGGGCAGAACUCCAAGACCACCAGCCUGCUGGAGAUGCUGCGGCGGGACGCCCGCUCCGUCUGCCUGAAGGAGGGCGAGCACCAGGUGGACGACGUGGCCAACACCCUCAAACGCUUCUUCCGUGACCUCGGGGACGGGCUCUUCACCGGGCGCUGGGGCCAGGAUUGGCUACGGGCCACCACGCUGGAGGAUGAGGAGGCCAAGAUCGGCGAGUACCGGCGGCUCCUGGGCAACCUCCCCACGGUGAACCGGGCCACGCUGAAGACCCUCAUCAACCACCUCUUUCGGGUCCAGCUCUUCUCCGGGGAGAACCAGAUGAACACGCACAACUUGGCCAUCGUCUUCGGGCCCACCCUCUUCCAGACGGACGGCAAGGACUACAAGGCAGGCCGGGUGGUGGAGGACCUCAUCAGCCACUACGUGAAGAUCUUCAACGUCAACGACCAAGAGAUGAAGAAGCAGCAGGACGAGAUCAUGGCCAUCAUGAAGAUGAGGGAGGCAGCGUCCAGUGGGAAGCAGCAAGCCGGGGACUUCAUCUGCACUGUCUACCUGGAGGAGAAGAAGACGGAGGCAGAGCAGCACGUCAAGAUCCCGGCCACCAUGACGGCCGAGGAGCUCACCUUUGAGAUCCUGGACCGGAGGAAAAUCGUCAUGAAGGAGAAGGACUAUUGGAGCUGCUUCGAAGUGAACGAGAGGGAGGAGGCAGAACGGCCCUUGCACUACUCGGAAAAAGUCCUGCCCAUCCUGCACUGCCUGGGGACGGAGAGCUACCUGGUGGUGAAGAAGCAGAUGUCCAUGGAGAACAUGCUCAUCUACCUCGCCAGCAGAGUGGGCGACUGCAAGCACGGCAUGAUGAAGUUCCGGGAGGAGAGGAACCUGCUGGGGCUGGGCCUGAGCACCGGCUUCCACGACCGGUACUUCAUCCUCAGCCACUCCUGCCUGCGCCUCUACAAGGAAGUGAGG